GACGUCCAUCGUAUCUCUGGAUGGCUGCACCGUCCUCCUGAACGACACCCCCCCCCCCCGGUGUGAGCCUAUAUAAAGCCCAGCAGCAGCAGCCUUUCAGCCGAGUGUCUGUCACCAGAUCAUCACCAUCAUCUUCAUCCAUCUUCAGCCUCUCUCAGACCUGACCCUGGAUUAAUCAGUGUUUUGUCUUACCAGGAUAGCACGCAUUGGGAGCAGCCAUGUCUCACGGAUGGGGAUACGGACCAACUAACGGACCUGAAAAAUGGGCAGCAGAUUUUCCUAUAGCUAGUGGGCCCAGACAGUCUCCCAUCAACAUUGUCCCUAAGGAGGUCAGAUAUGACUCCACUCUGAAGCCUCUGAAAAUCAAGUACGACCCCUCCGACGCCAACGGCAUUCUCAACAAUGGACACUCCUUCCAGGUGGACUAUCUGGACGACACAGACAGCUCCACCCUGACUGGAGGUCCUAUUUCUGGAACGUACCGUUUGAAGCAGUUUCAUUUCCACUGGGGAGCCAGUGAUGACAGAGGCUCCGAACACACUGUCAACGGCAUCACGUUCCCCUGUGAGCUUCACCUGGUGCACUGGAACACUAAGUAUCCCAGCUUUGGAGAGGCAGCCAGCCAGCCCGAUGGACUCGCAGUGGUUGGGGUCUUUCUCAAGAUUGGUGCUGCCAACCCCAGGCUUCAGAAAGUUCUGGAUGCCUUGGAUGCUAUUAAGACCAAGGGAAAGCAGACCACGUUUUCACGCUUUGACUCAAAGACUCUUCUUCCUGGUUCUCUGGAUUAUUGGACCUAUGAUGGCUCUUUGACCACACCUCCCCUGUUGGAGAGUGUCACCUGGAUCGUCCUCAAGGAGCCAAUCAGUGUCAGCCCUGCACAGAUGGCCAAGUUCCGCGGUCUCCUCUUCACCGGAGAUGAAGAAGCUCCGUGCUGCAUGGUGGACAACUACCGGCCCUGUCAACCUCUGAAGGGCCGCCAGGUCCGCGCCUCCUUCAAAUAAACCCCCUGCUUCAUCUAGGUGGCUUCCUUGCCCCCUUUGCUUAUCCGUCCCUCCUUUCACCGAACCUCCUUACUCCCGUGUUCCUCCAAAUGCAGUCUUUCCUUAGCUUAUAUCACUUAGCUUCUAUUAGCCUUAUUGACAUCAACUUGAAAAGUAGAAUACAAGACUUUACAGCUUACAUUUUCUAUGACAUAGACUAACUGGAUGUAUCUUGAAUUAAAUAACUUUGAGGCAUUUUUAAGCUUUGAUGCUGUUUAGAAAUAGGUCGCACUUAUACCCAGAUAAAAUCCAGAUGAUAUUUAGGGAACGUUUAAUAUAAACUCAGAAUACAAAUCUCAUUUCAAUCCGUCUAGCCGUUCUCUCGGCUACAUGCAACUCAGCUACGUUCCUUCUCCUGUCCAGAGUGAAGUGUUGCACCUGAAGCUGUUUGGAAAAAAAAAAGAUAAUAUUUUGAUACAUUUUUGUUAGCAUUAAUGCACUUAAAUAAAUAUUAAAGAAAGACUUCUUAGGCAGCUCUAUAUUAAGGAAUGAUGCGUGCUAUUUACUACAGAUAUAGGCAAAAGCCCAUCUAGCCUAUUCCACUAGGAUGUAAGUCUUAAUGACAUGCAGGUAAUAUAAAUUAAUAUUUCCUCAGUUAUUUUUAAUUUAUAGACAAUAUGCUUUGCCUUGUUUAAAAAGCCUUCAUCAACUUCCCAAAGCUGAUUUGCUGCUAUGCUUUACAUUGUGUUGCUAAUUGUGCAGCAGAUAGUAUGUUCAAGUUAACAUUUUUAUCGAUGCCUCAUUUUGUCAGUUUGGGACAAAGUGAUCACACUGUGUUUGGUGCGUAACAUUUUGCAGCGUUGACUUGUUGGCCACCAACAAUCGUCUGGCAGGUACUUGUACGCAGGAAGGUUUUUAGACUUAUGAUCAUCUCAUGAUGGUAAUGCUUUGGAAUGUUCCAGUAUGUUGUGAAAGUCAGUCCUACAAAGCACUGGCGGAUGGUGCAGCCUGAGGCCAUGUCCACACUUGACUCACCUAAUUCUAUCAGUGACUCUACAGAGUCAGUUGAUUUUUUAUUAAAAGGAAAAAAAAAACUAUAACAACUGAGCUACCUAUCACCACAGUGCAUUAAACAUUGCCUUUAAGACUCACGUCAGACAAAGCUGUAAGUGGGAAAGAAAGAACUGAAAGGAUCAAUUUAUUACUAUAUAUAAACACACGCUACAGUUUUGACAUAGGUCAUAGAAAUGAUCAUUAAAUCUGUCUAGUUGGCAGCAAUGUCAUCACUUAAUUUAACCGAAGUGAGAUCAGUGGCAGAUAUUCUUAAGAGACCAGCGAAAUGUUCAUUUUACCUUUGCUUUUAUGUCAAUGCUAUGAAACAAUCAGCUGUCAGAGGGGGGUUAUGGUGAAGUAGCUGUAACCUUUUACAUGUGUGUCACUUAAAACUGCUGUCACAAUACAGGUGGAAGAAAUGUUUUUGUUUGUGAAUCCUUCGUGUCAUAAUGGAAAAGAGUUUUAUCAAUAAAUAUUUGUAACUUGCAGAAA